UCCCCAGCGCGGAUGCCUGUUGUUGUUUUGGGGUGAAGGUUUGGGGGUGGCUGGGUCCCUGAGGCCAGUGGUUACCAUGCCAGGCUUCUGUGGCAAACAGUCCUUAGAGGGACAGUAACCCCGCUCCUGCUCCCUGCAGGUCCUGGCACCCUUCAGGGUGUGAGCAGAUAGGAUGUGUGGUUUCCCCUGCCCGGGAAGAAAUCUAGGACCUCCCAUGGUGGCUGAGAUGAUAACAGGACCUCUUGGUGUCCGAGCCACAGGCAGGACAUUUUUGGUCAUGGUGAGGGCAUCCGAGCUUCAGCCCAGUGUCCCUUAGCACCCUGGAAUUCCUGGGGUUUAUUCCUCUGGGUUUCCUCUAACUGCCGGCCAAGGAGUCCUCUCCCUCAAAGAGAGGGGCAGUCCUGGAGAAGGGCAGAGGGUGGCGUAGCCCGUUUUCUUUAUUCUUCCCAGUCUCUGCCUUCCUGACUGGGCCUCUGUGAGGCCAAGCCUCAACUCUGAGUGCCAAGCUCUCUGUGGGGUGAACCUAGUGGGCAGUGGGGAUGGCUGGCAUCCCCUCGAGAACAUCAUCUGUCUGCCCUUAGCAGCCCGAGGGGCAUAUGAUUCUCCAACUUGGCAGGAGAGAAACAGGCUGAGAGAGGUCAAGUAACCCCACUCAUUUGUUUAUCCAGGGCCUCUGUGCCAGGCCUGGGACUGGCACUGCCCACGAGGUGAAUGAAAGAGGCUUUUUCCAGGGGAAAGUGCAGUCGUCAGUGCGCAGUUGGAUGAGAACUGCCGGGAAGAGCUGAGGUGUUCCUGCCUUUGAGCUCCUCUGGCCAUGUUUUAAAAUGCUUCGAGUUUCUGGGAGAGACCCGGGAGUGGGCUGUGCCGUCAGGUGACGGCCGUGCCAGUUUGCUCAGCCGCUCCUCUGGGCUGUGGGCUUCACUGCCACACGCAGGCACUUCGUCCUUUCACUCACCCUUGGAGGGAGCAUUCUCCUUUAUUUAUGGACAAGAAAAUGGGGCCACAUAUCUCAUCACUGGGAGAAGUGGAGUUUAUAUUAGGUCUGUCUGAUUCUUAAUAGUAACAAUGAUAAUAAUAAGUUUUACCCAGUAUUUAUUGGAUGCUUACUCUGUGCUGACCAGGGUGCUCAAAACUUUGUAUUAACUAAUUUGAUCUUAGCAAUAACACUACACAGUGGGCACUAUCGUUAUCCUCAUUUAAAACAUGAGAAGUUGAAAGCAAAGAAAGGCUUAGGCAUUGCCCAAGGUUACACAGUGAGGCCCUUGCAGAGCUGGGAUUUGAACAGGGCCAAUUUUUGUUAUUACCUGAAGGAUGCUGGUGUGAUCAGUUGGUUGCAAGAGACAGAAAUCCCCCUCCCCGCCCCCCAACUCUGGGGUUUACACAGAAGUUUUUUUCUUUCUCAUUUGAAUGAAGGCUGGGGGUGAGCAAUGCAGGCGCGUCUAUGUCACAACACAGGGCUUCAAUGUCACAACCCAAGGUGGCUGCUCCAGCUCCACCCAUUACAUCUGCAUCCCAGACAGCAAGAGCCAGGAAGGGAUGAAGAGGGACAUCCCUCCUUUUAAGAACAAUUCCCAGAAGUCUCAGGAGAGCUUUCUGUUUACAUCCCAUUGGCCAGAACAUAGUCACAUGACCACACUUAGCUGCUGGGAAGCUGGGAAAUCAUGUGAUAAGAUGAAAACCAGGGUUCCCCACUGUCAAAAGAAAGCCAGACCAGGACAGUUGCUAAAACAGUAAAAACACAUUUUAUUCAGGAUGAUUGCAAUAGAGGAAAGAGACCUCUAUACGGAACUGAACUCCACAUACGGCCUAGGCCAAGAGGCAGGAUGGGUCUGUGGAUGAAAAAUUGUAGGAGGUGGGAUGCUAUGGAACAUGACGAGAAGUUGGCCCGGUUCCGGCAGGCUCACCUCAACCCCUUCAACAAGCAGCUUGGGCCGAGGCAGCAUGAGCAGAGGGCCAGUGAGGAGGCCCCAGACAUUGCUUCUGAAGAGACCCUGCCUGAACUGCCCCCUGGGGAGCCAGAAUUCCACUGUGCUGAGCGUGUGAUGGAUCUCGGUCUAUCUGAGGACCACUUCUCCCGCCCCGUGGGUCUGUUCCUGGCCUCCGACAUCCAGCAGCUGCAGCAGGCCAUUGAGGAGUGCAAGCAGAUGAUUCUGGAGCUGCCUGAGCACUCGGAGAGGCAGAAGGACGCCGUUGUGAGGCUCAUCCACCUCAGGCUGAAGCUGCAGGAGCUAAAGGACCCCAAUGAAGAUGAGCCCAACAUUCGAGUCCUCCUGGAGCACCGUUUCUACAAGGAGAAGAGCAAGAGUGUCAAGCAGACUUGUGACAAAUGUAACACCAUCAUCUGGGGGCUCAUUCAGACCUGGUACACCUGCACAGGGUGUUAUUACCGCUGUCACAGCAAGUGCUUGAACCUCAUCUCCAAGCCCUGUGUGCGCUCCAAAGUCAGCCACCAAGCUGAGUACGAGCUCAACAUCUGCCCAGAGGCUGGGCUGGACAGCCAGGAUUACCGAUGUGCCGAGUGCCGAGCGCCCAUCUCUCUGCGGGGUGUGCCUAGUGAGGCCCGGCAGUGCGACUACACGGGCCAGUACUACUGCAGCCACUGCCACUGGAACGACCUGGCCGUCAUCCCGGCGCGUGUGGUGCACAACUGGGACUUCGAGCCUCGCAAGGUGUCCCGCUGCAGCAUGCGGUACCUGGCGCUGAUGGUGUCGCGGCCAGUGCUCAGGCUCCGGGAGAUCAACCCUCUGCUGUUCAACUACGUGGAGGAGCUGGUGGAGAUCCGGAAGCUGCGCCAGGACAUCCUGCUCAUGAAGCCCUACUUCAUCACCUGCAAGGAGGCCAUGGAGGCACGGCUGCUCCUGCAGCUCCAGGACCGGCAGCAUUUUGUGGAGAAUGAUGAGAUGUACUCGGUCCAGGACCUGCUGGAUGCGCACACGGGCCGCCUGGGCUGCUCGCUCACCGAGACCCACACACUCUUCGCCAAGCACAUCAAGCUGGAUUGUGAGAGGUGCCAGGCCAAGGGUUUCGUCUGUGAACUCUGCAGAGAGGGUGAUGUGCUGUUCCCCUUCGACAGCCACACAUCCGUGUGCAGUGACUGCUCAGCCGUCUUCCACAGAGACUGCUACUACGACAACUCCACCACGUGCCCCAAGUGUGCUCGGCUCUCCCUGAGGAAGCAGUCUCUUUUCCAGGAGCCUGGUCCAGAUGUGGAUGUCUAGAGCCAUGGGCACCCCUCCCGGGCCUGUCUGGAGCCCACCCUACUGGUCAUUGCCAAAGUCAAGGUGUUUCUUGUGCUCUGGAGACUCUUAGGGUGCAGCUCCUGGACCUUUCCCCACGUUGGGCCAGAGGGUGUAAGCACCACAAGGACCAUCAGCUCUGGGUGCUUGCUGGAACUCAGGGCUGUGCCUGGCUGUGCUGCUGUGAGGGCCAGAAUGUACACCCCAACACUGCAAGGCUCCAUUGGCAGGGAAGUGGUGGAGGGCUUCUCGUCUGUAGCAAGAGCCCCCCCACACCCUUGGGGCCAAGGUUGCUGGGUUUUGGCUACUCCGGAAACCCUGGAGGGCUUCAGGGAAGUGGCUGAAAAGACCCGAGGAUGCUGGCUGCACACCGAGCCUUGGCCUGAGAUCUACCUGCAGUGGCUGGUUUGGGAUCUGCCUGGAGGCUCCCAUCCUCCCAGCCCCUUGUCUCUUUGGGGUCUUCUGGUUGUUCCUGGCUAGGGCUCUUCACAAAUGUCUCCUGAGGGCCCUGGCCCUACCUCCAUGGUUCCCUCUAGCAGAUUAAAGGUUGCCUGGAGAGAACAGGAAUUGACAGGGCCAGUCCAGGGGUUACUGGUUCUUUCUACACAACAUGGAGGGAAAGGGACCACGGAGCUCUUCCCUCUGGUGGACCUGCCAUGGCUCCUGACUUGGCCUCGCCCAGCUUACCUGGGUGCUCUGAGGUGGGUGGCUGGGGGUCCAACCCCCAGGUGUGCCCCUGGGAGCAGGUCCAGGUUAGGCAAGAGAAAUGGUUACAGUAGGCUUGAGUGACGUUUCUGAGGACCAACUUUGCCCCUGCAGAGGUCUGUUCUGUUACAGUGCCUGUGGCAGAACCCAGACAGCUCAGAGACCAUCAGCCAGAGUCCUUUUGGAAGGUGCUCUGAGAUCAGAUGCUGGGCAUGUUUGCUCUGGGGAGCUCCAGGCGGGAAGCCUAGAGCCCAUGAAGGAAAAUGGGCACCAGGUGUGUGAGGUCCCAGCUGACAAAGCACCCUGGAUGGAGGAUGAGGCCACAGUCUUCAGUGGGGGGGCUGCAACUGACCUCAAUGUUUGCAGGAAAGCUCCAUGUGUCAGAGACCCUGCCUUGAGGGAAAGGCCUAUGGGAAGAGUCUUUCCUGCUUUGGACUGUGCUUGGCUGUUACUUAAAGGUGGUGGGCGGGGAAUCCAGCCACUGGGGUCCCCAUCACCUGUGACUGGGGAGCCCAAGAGGAGAGGCCACAGCCAGCAGUCAGCUCAGCUUGCCAGCCAAUGUGAAGGGUGCUGAAGACAGCACCACAUGGUAGCUUUAGAUGAUCCUCUUGCUGUUUGCUCUGACCUGCCUCAGUAUGACAGCGAGAAGUGAACACUCUUGAGGUGGGGUCAACAACGGGUCCUUGGCCUGCCUCUCCUCUAGGGUUGCAGAGAGGUUAAGGGCAGGUGCUCAGAUCUGCACCUUUCUCCCAGCCGCACAUUUCUGUCGUGGGGACAUAAGCCAUUCCUGAGUUUAUGUGUUACAGUCAGUGUCCAGAGAAAAUGUUAGCAUGCUGGCGUUUGUCAAACAGAAGUGGCUCCUUUUGUUUUUAGCUCCCUCAGUUACCUCCUGCCCCAACACCUCUUCCCCAACUACCCCUUCUGGAUGACAAAGUCUCCCAGCAGAAUCAUGUAUGGUCUUUCUGAGUCCACGGCACCGUAACAAGAACCCACUGAGGAACCAGUUUGCACAGUCAGCACCUCAUGGAGGAGCAGCAAGGGACACCCUGCUGGAACAAUGCUGCAGCCACUGUCUCAUUAAAUCUGUGUUCUCUGGACUCUGCUGUGUGUGGUGAAUUGGGGACAAGGCAGGCAGGAUUUGUUGACAGGCAAACCAAUUGUGGGCUGUAGGAAAAGCCCACAGCCUGCCCCAUCCAGUGAGGUUGAAUUAAGCUGGUCUGGGGAGAAGUAAGAACUCUUGAUGUGUGGGAGAAGGUCAGGCAGGGGUGCUAGACAUAGGCCUGAAUGCCGAUUCUCCUCAGCUUCAUUACUCUAUGAGAUGGAUGGAAACACAGACUGUACGUCAUGGGUUGUUUGGGUUCUAGGAGGCACUGAGCGCUGAGCUGGGCAUGCAGAGAAUGCUCAGUAAAUAAAAGCUGUCUUAUUUCUAGAGUCCUCAUGGUGGGAGGAUUGUCUUAUUGACCCAGCAUAACAACAAGAAAGUCACAGGUCUAGCACGUGUUUCAUCUUGCUAGACCACUACAAGGGCCUUCACUGAAACUCAAGGCCAUUCCCAUUACCCUUGGAUUCUAGGAAACCAUGCAUCCCACUGCAGGUUACAUCCAAACCUCUACAUAUGUCAUUUUUCUACAGAGAUAUAGUCUACAGAUUUGACCAGAACCCGGGGAAUCUGCUUGGUAACUGUUUCAUCUGUAUCCAUUUGCAAUCCAGAUAGGCUGUCAGCAACCCUGUUCCUGAAGGUUUGAGCUGAGCCUUGCCACAAAUAGCUAGAGCUCUGCUUUGGAUAUUAGGAGGAGGAUGCAUUCUCCCCUCCCCUUUCAGGUUAUUAAAUAGUAUUAUAACAUUUUUAUGUUGACAAACUUUGAUUUACAGAAAUGUUGCAAAAACAUUCCCAUGUACUGGUCUCCUGGAUGCCCUACAUAUUUACAAUUUGCCCCAUUUGCUUUAUUCUCUCUCCACACACACUUUUUCUCUGAACCAAUUGACAGUAAGUUGCAGAGAUGAUUCUGCUUUGCCUCUCAGUACUUGUAUUCCUCCCAAACAAGGACAUUAGCUUACACAGCUAUAGUACAAUUUUUAAAAGACAUCAGGAAAUUGACAUCGAUAUACCAGAAAACAUGCAAUAAAUCUUGGAUUUUGCCAUGCAGCUGAUAUGUCUCUUUAGCCUUCUUAAAUCUGAAAGGGUGCAUGACAUCUACAUUUUAUUUUUUAUUU